AGAAUUCGGAGCGAAUUCUGACAUCAAGUGGUCCAAAAUACAUUUGCGGGGAUCGAACCGCGAUUCUCCCUACUAAGUUCAACGCCAACCAUCCCUUAAUCAACUUUUGUUUUUUUUUUUUUUUUACAAAAGAGUUAAUUAAGUACUUAUCCAAUGUGUUAGUUUCCAAAUCCAUUUCUUUCGCAUAACAGUGUGCCAUUUUUUGUUUUUCUUCUUUCACUAUGCAGUAAUAAUAAUGGUGUCUGGCUGGAGUUGAUGCAGACACGAGUUUAUGAGUAUCGAAGAAGAAGAAACAAUCGAAGCAAUAGAAUAGAGAUGGCUAGAUUUCAUACCAGAAAACCAUCUCUCAGUAUCGUCACUUUCUACACCAUUUUCAUAUUCGCUUUCUCCAUUUCCAUCUUCAUCUUAUACGUAAGAACCUUCAACGCCGAUCAAGAUCAACCACAACCUUACCAGGUGCCAAAACCACCUAGGUACGAAUACAACGACCAACUUUGGGAUUCGCCAUACAGUCGUGGAUUCCAUCCUUGUGUCAACCCAACUGCUAAAUAUAAAGGUGUCCAACAAUUUGAUCGCUAUCUGUCUGUUAGAAGUAACGGUGGACUCAAUCAAAUGCGAACUGGUAUAGCAGACAUGGUUGCUGUGGCACAUAUAAUGAAUGCAACUUUAGUCAUCCCUCAAUUGGACAGACGUUCAUUCUGGCAAGAUUCGAGUGUAUUUUCAGACAUAUUCGAUGAGUUUCAUUUCAUUGAAUCCCUGAAAGGAGAUAUCAGGAUUGUUCAGGAACUUCCCAAGACUUUGGAAGCUGCUCCCCGGGCUAGGAAACACUUUACUUCCUGGGCUGGCGUUGGUUACUAUGAAGAGAUGACGAGGUUAUGGAAUGACUAUCAGGUGAUACAUGUUGCAAAAUCAGAUUCUCGACUUGCAAACAAUGAUCUUCCUCUAGACAUCCAGAGGUUGAGAUGCCGUGCAAUGUAUCAUGCACUUCAAUUUUCUCCUCCUAUUGAGAAUCUUGGAAAGAGGUUGGUGGAUCGGCUGAGAUCACGCGGGGGAAGAUAUAUUGCUCUCCAUCUCAGAUAUGAGAAAGAUAUGUUGUCUUUUACUGGUUGUGCUUAUGGUCUGACAGAUGCAGAAUCUGAAGAGCUCAGAAUUUUAAGGGAGACUACAAAGUAUUGGAAAGUAAAAAAGAUAAACUCAACAGAACAGAGAAUUGGAGGAUUUUGCCCACUCACUCCAAAGGAGGUUGGCAUUUUUCUUCUAGCUCUUGGGUUUCCCCCAUCAACACCAAUAUACAUUGCUGCAGGGGAGAUCUAUGGUGGCAAUACUCAUCUAUCAGAACUCUCUUCCCGCUUCCCUAAUCUAAUCUUUAAGGAAUCCCUUGCAACUGCUGAAGAGCUGAAAGCUUUCACCAACCAUGCAUCUCAAAAUGCUGCACUCGAUUACAUAAUCUCUGUAGAGAGUGAUGUAUUCGUUCCAUCGUACUCAGGAAAUAUGGCACGAGCUGUCGAGGGACACCGCAGGUUCUUAGGCCACCGUAAGACAAUUACUCCAGACAGGAAAGGACUUGUUGGAAUCUUUGAUAAGCUGGAAACUGGAGAGCUAGUAGAAGGAGUGGCACUAUCACAUAUGGUGCAGCGGAUGCACAAGAACAGGCAAGGAGCUCCAAGGAAAAGACAAGGUUCAUUACCUGGAGUUAAAGGCAGGGCACGUUUCAGGACUGAAGAGUCCUUUUACGAAAAUCCAUACCCAGAGUGUAUAUGUGGUUCGAGAAACAAACGAGAAAGAAUGUGAAGAGAAACCAUACUGCAGUUCCAGUUCCAAUCUAAAACUUUUGAAGGGUCUUGUUUAUCUGUGAAGUUAUUUUCGGUAAACUGUAAUUGUAACCAGCCAUUUCGACACACCCUUGCUUGUGCCUUGAAGCUAUGUGGUCAGUCGCAGGGUUUUCGGAAACCCAUAACAACAAACCCACAGUGUUGACAGGCUAACUCCUUAGCUGUAUUCUGACAAUUCACUUCAAGUAGCAUUGAGCCACUGACAUUAUAUAUAUUAAUUCAUAGAUAGAAUACGCCCCCCUCGCCUGUUCUUACAAAAUGAACUCUAGUUUUCAGGUGAAGCCAUUUGGGAAGGUUACAUUGUAAAGUUUAAUAACUUCCCCAUCUUUGAUUAUGUUUGUCAAGCUAGUCUCGUCAACUUAUAGUUGAUAUUUUUUA